CCUUCGCGUGCUGAGUCUGGCGGUGCUCUAGGUGUUCCGUCGCGGCGGGAGCCCCUCUCUCCACAGCAGCUUCGUGAGUGGUACUCUCGGCGCUGUCGAGCUACUGCUGGUGCUGGAGGUGUUGCUAGGGCUGCUGGUGGUGCUACUGGUGCUGGAGCCGCUGCUGGAGGUGCUACUGGUGCUGGAGGUGCUGCUAGGGCUGCUGGUGGUGCUACUGGUGCUGCUGGAGCUGCUGGCAGUGCUGCUGCUGCUGGAGCUGCUGCUGCUGCUGGAGCUGCUGGUGCUGCUGGAGCUGUUGGAGGUGCUGGUGUUGCUGGAGCUGCUGGAGGUACUCCUGGUGCUGGAGGAGUUGCUGGUGCUGGAGCUACUGCUGGAGCUGCUGGAGGUGCUGGUACUGCUGGAGCUGCUGGAGGCGCUGCUGGUGCUGGAGGUGCUGCUAGGGCUGCUGGUGGUGCUGCUGGUGCUGGAGGUGCUGCUGGAGGUGCUCCUGGUGCUGGAGGUGUUACUGGUGCUGGAGCUGCUGCUGGAGCUGCUAGAGGUGCUGGUGCUGCUGGAGCUGCUGGAGGUAUUGCUGGUGCUGGAGGUGCUACUGGAGCUGCUGGCGGUGCUACUGGUGCUGGAGGAGCUGCUGGUGCAGGAGCUCCUGGAGCUGCUGGAGGCGCUGUGCGGCCGCGGCCGUACUACGUUCCUCUACUUCAGCAGGUUCUUGGUUCCCCGCCUUCUCCUGGUCCUCCUCCUCCUUUCCUGAUCCCACCGCCUGUCCAGUCCCAGUCGCAGUUACAGCCGGCCUCUCCACUACUUGGUGCUUCUCCAUACUCUGGACCGACUAGAGGUCUUACAGAGCGUCGUGAGCCUGAUUCGCGUCCUGUUUCGCCUGAGUCUCGUUCUGCGUCGCCUGUCCGUACUGUUCGCGCUGGUCGUGUUUCGCGUCCGCGUCCUCCUCCUGUCCCUGGCACUCACUCUAUGACUCUGUGUCCUUCCACUUCUCCACAGCGUGUCCCUCUGCCGUCUCCUCCUGCGUCCUCUCUUCCUGUCGGUCCGGACCCGGAGUCUGACUCCCUUCGUGCUGCUAGUCCGGCGGUCACGCGCUUUCUGGCCACUGCUGUCACUAACCCUUUGUUUGAGUCCACUGCUGUGUCUGCUCUUGUUACUGAGCUCGUUGACUUUGCUGCAGCCUGUCGCCUAGACUACGCCACUAGUCUUACAGGAGGACUUGAGUGCUUGGCCGCUGCUUCACCUCAUCUCGUGUCCAUGCUGCUUGCCCUCGAGGGAGACCCGGAUGCACUAGACAUCCCGACCCCGCGCUCUUACGCAGAGGCGAUAGAGGGUCCCUACUCCUCUCAGUGGCAGGCAGCCAUGGACGCAGAGAUGGCUUCCUGGAAGUCCACAGGCACCUACGUAGACAAGGUUCCCCCACCUGGGGCGAACAUCGUUAAUGGCAUGUGGAUCUUCAGGGUGAAGCGGCCGCCGGGUUCUCCGCCUGCCUUCAAGGCGCGUUACGUUGCACGUGGCUUCAGUCAGCGACAGGGAGUUGACUUCUUUCAGACCUUCUCCCCUACCCCAAAGAUGACCACUCUUCGGGUACUGCUGCACGUUGCUGCUCAGCGUGACUACGAGCUCCACUCGCUUGACUUCAGCACAGCCUUUCUACAGGGCAGCCAGCACGAGGAGAUCUGGCUGCGCCGCCCACCUGGCUUCACUGGGUCGUUUCCAGCUGGUACCCAGUGGAGCCUCCGGCGACCAGUCUACGGUCUCUGCCAGGCACCCCGUGAGUGGCACGACACACUCAGGACGACUCUUGCUGCUCUUGGUUUUGCUCCUUCCACUUCUGACCCUUCUCUGUUUUUACUCACUGACACUACUCUGCCGCCGUUCUACGUUCUCGUGUACGUAGACGACCUCGUCUUUGCUACUGCUGACACUGAGGCACUCGCCCACGUGAAGUCCGAGCUGCAGAAGAGACACACGUGCACAGACCUGGGUGAGCUGACAAGCUAUCUUGGCUUGCGGAUCACCCGGGACAGAGCACAGCGCACCAUUACCUUGACUCAGUCACACAUGGUGCAGCAGGUCCUGUCAGAACAUUAUAUAGCUUAUGCUGUUGUGUAG